AUGGCUCUCUCUCCCGUCCGUCUCCCUUUCGCGCGGUCUUCCUGUCUCGCCUUCUCGUCUGCUCCGGCGCCGGCAGCUUCCACUGCCCCCGCCGGAGGAUCGGCGUCUCUCGUUAUGCCUUCUGUGCGUCGUCUUUUGCGUCUCUCGCGGUUCCUAGAUCGUCACCCUGCGCUGCUUGUGCUGUCCGCUCACCUCGAACUCGACGAAGAGCGAUACCCCGCAGCGCAGCACUUCUUCGCCGCGCUCGAACCCCUCCGGAGCCCGUCGGCCGGCGGCGUCUCUGCCUCCGGGCUACCUCCGCCGCGGCCUCCGCACUCGCCACUGCCUCCAGAGCUCGCGCCCCGAAGGCGUCCUCGUUCUCAAGAGACAGACUCUUCGCCUUCUGUGGAGAGCCCCGUCCUGCGCUUCUUCCGACGGGAGGCGGCCUCGCGAAAGGCGCUCGUGUCGAGUCCACGCCACGAGACACAGACCGUCUCUUCCAUGUCUUUGUCAGCUUCCACUCCGGUUCCUGGCCCUUCAGUAACGCAGCUGGUUUGUUCGUAUUUGAGGCGGAGUGGAGGGAACGAGAACCGGCGGGAGAAACGCGGUUGCGAGCGCCUUCACCCCGAGGACCUCGAGGGCAGUCUCGUGUUCAUUUGGGAGGUUUCGCGUCUCUGUAGUCGCCUGCAAUUCUCGGCCUACGAAUGCACUCGCAAACUGCACGCGCCGCUCUGUCUUCUCCUCCCUCCGGACGCGCGCUGGUCUCAGCUUGCCUCGCUGCAGUCUUCUUCCACCCCGCCGGAGCAGCGCUCCUGCUCCUCUUCGCCCUGCGACGCUCGACUCCCCGUGACAGCGGCCGAGUCCAGCGAAGAAGCGACGGCGGCGCGGUUCCAGAUCCGAUCUCCGUGCCUCCCCGCAGCGUCGCCCACAGCCUCGCCCGCCGACGGCCUCACCGCUGAGGACGUGCGGGCGGCUCAUGCGCUCGAGGAGAGCCUGGUUCGGCUCCUCUCGCUUGCGCGCGACAGCCGCGCGGGAACUGCCGUUGCCACGGCGGCCGCUUCGCCGCGCGCUGGAGCAACGGCGAGGGCUUGCCUGCGCGAGGCGGACGCGGACGAUCCUCGGCCGACGGCGGCCCAGUUGGACGAGGCUGUUGACGCUCUGCUGCUGCCUCCCCAUCGCUGGACAGUGGACGAUAGGGCGCGUUUCGCAGCGACGCUCCACCCGCUGCGCCUCACGAAGCGCGUUGCGCGGCCCCGACGCAAGGCCUGCGAGGGCGUGCGGGAGCGAGGCCAGUCGAAGCCGCUGGCGCAGGAAUUCGCGCGAGUGGAGGAACCCGCGACCGCUGGGAAAAGAGAGCCCGCGAACGACUGGACGGAAGCGAAGAGCGAUUGCGAGACAGGCGCGACAGAGAGCGGGCUGUCCACAGGCGCCGAAAUGUGUGCCGAUGAUGGAAACGGGGCGGCUGCACGGGAAACGCCUGAGAGCAGAGAAGAGACGGAGAGAUACCCCAGCGCUCUGGAGGCGAAGACACCGGCGGAGGUACGUCGACCGCAGGCCGAGAAAGACUCCGAAAGCGCACACAGGCGGCCUUCUGCAGAGCCUACCGCCGCCACAGCGCUGCGCCGGGGACUCUUGCUGCUCUCGAACCCCCUCACGUGCGACAUGUGGGAGCGCGCCGUCGUCCUCAUCACCCACGUGUCUCGCAGGGGUUGCGUGGACGGAGUCAUCCUCAACAAGCGCCGGGCGUGGAGGCCUUUGGCCUGGUCUUCCGCGGCUUCCGAGGCGUCUGCUUUGCGCGGAAACGACGAAUCGAGUGCAUGCACGCACUCAAGGGCUCGUGCGUUUGACGCGUCUCGCCUUCCAGAGGUGUCUUCCGUAGGCGCAGGAAAAGACGCACCGAGCCGACGCGCGCGAUGUGCGCUUCUUCCGGAUGGCGCUGUGCUACCAACGUCCUAUUCGAGUUUUGUGGCUCACUGGCCGCGGCAACUCCGCCUGCUCCAGUAUGCCAGAAACAACCUCGAGACAGCCCUCACACUCUCUUCUCCCUCUUCUCUUCCUUCUCCCACUUCCUCUUCUCUGUCUUCUUCUCCCACUUCCUCUUCUCCUUCUUCUCUUUGUUCUCCUUCUUCUUUGUCUUCUUCCGGGCGUGCAAGCGGCUUGCUGGGCGAGGCGUUGCUGAGUCGAGCGAGCGUGGCGUUGGAGUUUCAUGUGAACGAGGCGUGCAAGGCGAAGGAGGAGACAGCGGAGACACUUUCGCGUGUGAUGGAGGAGAUGGCGACGGAUCUCUUGGACGCCGUCGACUUCCCUCCCUCGAGCUCGGCUUCGUUUCUGGCUGCAGCGCACGCCUCAGAGCUCCGCAGCGAGGCGCCGUACCUCGUUCGCCUGCUCAACUGGUACCGCCUGCGGGAGGAGCGGGAGAAAGGCGUCCUUUCGGAGUCUUCACGCGCCUUCUCCCUUGCCUCGGGUGUCCCUUCCCAUCCCGACGCCGCCGAGCACUCGACGAGGGCUGCGGGCGGUUCGCCGCUUUCCUCGCUCGGCACGCGGGCCCCAGCAGCCUCCGCGCCCUUCCUCGCUGUGACGCCAGUCAGCGUCGGAGACGCUGGAAAAGGCGGAGACGCGGACGAAGAGUCGGCCGUGCGUGGCGACGGUGGAUCGGUGAUUGUCUCCUUCUUGGCCUCCCUGCCCUACGGCGCCAUCAGCCCUGCGCAAGCUGCGGCGGCGGCGCAGAAGGUCCGCCGCGACGCCGCACUCGCCCGGUUCCUCCCCCCUCAGACCGGGCCCCACAAGGCACCUGCGAAGCCAGAGAAAAAAACUCCCAAAUAUAAGCCGACGCACGCUGAGGCGGGGCAUCCAGGCGAGGCAGGCGGGCCAACUGCGUGCGCGCCGGCAGCCCGGGAAGGAGGGAGCGGAGGAGAGGGAGAGGACGGCGGAGCGAAGGAGGGACAGGAGAAGAGCGCCGAGGAGGUUUCAGAGACGCUCGAGGAGGGGCGAGGGCAGUGGCGUGAGACAGGAGGGAGAGGCGAGCUGGGGGGGGACGGCUCCAGAGAAGGAGGACGGGAAACAGAUGCCUGUCGCUUGUUAGAGAGAUACAGCUUCGGCGGGCCGGUGCCUGGCCUCACAGUGCUGCACAGCACGGCCGAGAGGGGACUUGUUGAAGUCUUUCCAAACGGCGUCUUUCUGGGAACCCGACGGCCGAGAAGAGGCAAAUCCACUCCGAGCGCUGGCGCCUCUGAGGAAGGUGAUGUCGCCUCGGCAGACCAGACAGAUCCAGGAGAGAAGACGUGUGACCUCGGAGUGAAGAAAGGAGAACAUGGAACGUCGAAAGAUGAGCAGGAGGCUGACCCUGAGACAGGAGUCUGUCGCGCAUUCUCUCCCUCCGCUUGCUUGUCAUCCCUCGGCUGCGAGGCAGAUUUUUCCGUGGCGGCUGGAGAGGUAAAAGAAGCGUUUGACGGGCCGACGCGGCCGGUCGAGGCAGCCCCCGCAGCCGAGGCGGAAGACUCUCCGCUGUCGCGAACGUUCCUGGGAAAGGCGGCGUGGAGUCCUGGACAGCUCGAGAGAGAAAUCGGGGAAGGCGCGUGGAUCCUCGUGGGGUGUACAGACAGCGGAGUGAUGCAGGAGCUGGUGUUCGGCGACGAGUUGACUGCGCGCAGGCGGCGUUCGCCCGGGGCCCUCGAAGCGCCUCAGAGAGACGAAAACGAGCUCUGGAGCCGCGUGCUGUCGGCGCUUGCGGCCAGUCCCUCCUCAGGCUCCCAUGCGGGUCUCUACGAGGCGAUGAGCCGUUUUCCUCUCUGUCUUGCGAGGGAUACAGGUGUCGUGGACGGACGCGAGAGCGAUGACGACACAGACUAG